AUGCCAGGUACAGAUAAAUGGAUAGAUGAUGAUGCUUUGAAAACUGAAAAAGGUGAAUAUGACAAUUCGUCCACAGCAAGCGCAUCCAACGUCGAUAUUAACUACAAGAAUUGCUCAUGGGAAAAGACUGCAGGUUUGCUAUUCUCUGAAUACAUAUGUCUUGCAAUUAUGUCAUUCCCAUGGAGUUACUCAGUCUUGGGCUUAGUUCCAGGUCUUAUCAUAACUGUAGGUGUGAGUCUUUUGGUCCUCUACACGGGAUUAACUAUAAGUGAAUACUGUCUUGCCUAUCCUCAUUUGUUGACCGUUUGUGAAAUUGGCGAAAAUCUCUUUGGAUGGAAAUGGGUGUGGUAUGCAACUGCAGCGUGCUUUCUUUUGAACAAUCUUUUCAUUCAGGCAUUACAUGUUUUGGUUUCGGCAGAAUAUUUUAACACUAUCUCUGAUAACAAGACUGUUUGCUCGGUUGUUUUCGGGGUAGUAGGCUCCAUUAUCUGUUUCUUGUUGUCGUUACCUAGAACGUUUUCUUCAAUGUCGUUUAUAGGAAUCUUUUCAGCAGCAACAAUGUUCAUUGCUGUCAUCCUUGCGAUGGUCUUUGCUGGUAUCCAGAGCCAUCCAGACAAAUUUGAGCCGCUGAUUCCAGUUAAAUGGAACUUGUGGCCUGCUGAGGGUACCACUUAUGUUGCAGGAAUGUCGGCUAUGUUGAAUAUAGUUUAUACAUUCGUUGGUCAAAUCACAUAUCCUUCUUUCAUUUCUGAAAUGAAGAAUCCCAGAGAUUUUAAGAAGGCUUUAUAUUUGGUCACAGUGUGCGAACUUAUAGUGUUUGCGUUAGCUGGAGCUAUCGUCUAUGUCUAUGUUGGGAACGAGUAUAUUGUUGCACCGGCAUUCGGUGCUUUGAGCGGUAACUUCAAAAAGAUUGCGUUCAGUUUUGCCUUGCCAACAAUUUUCUUUUUGGGAGCUUUAUACGGUAAUGUAUCUUCAAGGUUUUUGUUUUCAAAUAUCUUCAAAAAUAAUUUGAAACAUCAAUACAACCAUACUGUCAAAGGAUGGAGUGUAUGGAUUUUUUUGAACGUUAUACUAUGGGUGUUGGCUUUUAUUAUUGCAGAGGUGAUUCCAUUUUUCCUGGACUUGUUAAGUUUGAUGAGCUCUCUUUUUGAUUGUUGGUUCGGGUUUAUAUUUUGGGGUGUUGCUUACUUCAAGUUAAAGAAGCUUGCUUAUACGAACCAAGGAGUCGAAGUUUCAAUGUGGACUGUAGUAAAAGAGGCCAGUCUUUGGAUAAAAUUAGAGAUGCUUUUUAAUGCUAUUUUAAUUGCUAUCGGAGUUUAUAUCCUUGCACUUGGGUUGUACUCAACCAUACAAAGUAUUAUUUGGUCAUACGAAGAUAGUUUGUAUGGGUCUCCUUUUACUUGCACAAGUAAUGGGAUCUAG